UGGUGGUCGUCCUCACAGUUGAGUAAACAAGAACUUAAAGCCCCACUGAGUCAAGAAGAGACAGUCGUGAACUACAGUGCACACACCGUUGUCAUGGCGUUGUAUUGUGGAUUAUUAUGCAGAACUAGAUAAUGAAUUGGGUUCCUGAUGAACAGACGAUGAACCCAUACCAGUACCGGGCACCUCCAGUAGGCAUUGAGCUUGUUCCCCGACCUUUAAAGAUGAGACUGACAGUACGAGCUCUGAGCGGUAAUUCGGGAUCACACGGAAGACACGGAACUCUCGGUCAAUUACUCGGUGUUACUACGGGAAUAGUUUUAGGGGUUAUACUAACGGCAUCUAUCAGACACUUGAUGCUUCAGCCACACCUGUGUAUAUCAGUGAGAAAUUUGCCUAUCUACGAUGAUAUGAACGAUGCUUUUAGAACAAUAGGACUUGAUAAGAAUACAGAUGUUCAUAAUAAUCCUAAAAAUUUACUCUUCGUUGGUGUUAUGACGGCCAACAAGUACCUAGAUAGUCGUGCUAAAGCUGUGUAUGAAACCUGGGGCAAACAACUGCCAGGAAAAAUUGCCUUUUUUUCCUCUGAGGCAUCAACAACUGAUGUUGAUAUUCCCCUAAUCAGGUUAAGAGGUGUUGAUGAUUCUUAUCCACCUCAGAAGAAGUCUUUUAUGAUGAUUAAAUAUAUGGCAGAACACUUUUCAGAACACUUUGAAUUCUUUAUGCGUGCUGAUGAUGAUAUUUAUGUUCGACCAGAGAAAUUAGAACUUUUCUUGCGAUCAGUGAAUAGCACCAAGGCUCACUUCAUUGGUCAAGCUGGUAAAGGCAACCAGGAGGAAUUUGGUCAUCUUGCCUUAAAAAAUGAUGAAAAUUUCUGCAUGGGAGGUCCAGGUGUCAUCAUGAGUCGUAGCACUUUAUUACAAGUUGCUCCUCAUGUUCGAGAUUGCCUCAAAAACUUGCGAUCAACCCACGAAGAUGUUGAAAUAGGUCGUUGUGUGAGAAAAUAUGCAAGAGUCCCGUGUACCUGGUCUUAUGAGAUGCAGAGUAUUUUGUACCACAACAGCAGUGGCACGGAAGCCUUCACAGGACCUCUUAAACAACGGGAGGUUCAUCGCGCCAUUACUCUCCAUCCAAUAAAAAAUCACACGCAUCUUUAUCGUCUCCAUUCUUACAUUCAGGGUUUAAAUAUACGAUCAAGUGAAGGAGAGUUGGUGCACCUUAUUCGUGAAUUGGCGAAAACAAGUGAAGAGGCAGGACUCCCGUUGCCCCAUCUUGAUGAGCCAUCAUCUGGGAUCUUCCUUGAUCAAUUGGGCACAGAUGUGACCUUACAAAAGUGGAUGGCAAGUACUGAGGAGGAAGUUUUGUACUGGGACUUUCUGAGCAGAGCGGCGUACCAGCCAGGGAACAACAACCCUCGUCACAAACCAACGUCUGGCAUGGCAGAGGGACUCAACGAUGUAAUACGUGAUGUCAUGGAAAUAAUAAACAGAGUAUCAAAAGAACGAGGACGUGUGAUAGACUUUAAAGAGGUGUUGUAUGGAUAUAUUAGAUGGCACCCAACCCUGGCCUUGGAGUACAUCCUGGAUAUGUUGCUCCUCUACAAGAAAUACCGCGGCAAAAAGAUGACAGUGCCAGUCCGUAGGCACGCUUACCUGCAGGUUCCAUUUGGUCCUCUACAUGUUCGUGAAUAUGAAAGUGGAGUUUUUGAAGAAGCUUUAGAGCCAACUUCUGGGAUCCAAGAAUUAGUGGAAGUCGUUGUAAAAAGCAGCCUCAGUGACCUCUCAAAGCUCCAUUAUCAAGUUCCACCUGCAGGGCCUCCUCGAACUCAGCUGAAUCCAAAGAAAAUCCAUUUCAUUCUACCUCUGGCUGGGAGGUUUAAAACCUUUCAGCGUUUUAUGGAUGAUUUCCGGCGUGUGUGUCUUGAAGGUGAAGAAAAUGUGCAGCUGGUGGUGGUGUCCUUCCGGCCAUCGCCCGGGAAGGAUGACACGACAGAGGAUGUUGAGGCUCUUAUCUCCAGCCUUCAGUUAGAUUAUCCUCAAAUUCUCAUGACAGUUCUGCAGGCCAACACAAGUUUUGCUCGAGCAUUAGCCCUGGAACUGGGUGCUGGCCAGUGUCAAGACAGUGACUUGAUGUUCUUCGUGGAUGUGGACAUGACUUUCACCUCCUCUACUUUAGAUAGAAUUCGUCUCCAUACCAUAAGAGGAUCUCAGAUCUACUACCCUAUCGUGUUUAGUGAGUUUGAUCCAAAAUUUACAAGAAAAGGAAGUCAUGCAGAACAGUAUGACCACAGCUUGAUUAAUGAGGAUGUUGGCUACUGGCGAGCUUUUGGUUUUGGGAUUGUGGCCUUGUACAAAUCUGAACUGCUUCAAGCAGGUGGCUUGGAUACUUCCAUUCUUGGCUGGGGUGGUGAGGAUGUUGAUCUUUUUGAAAAGGUCCUAAGAAGUGGGAUCCACAUCUUCCGUGCUGCUGACCCGGGUUUAGUCCACGUCUUCCAUCACGUUGAUUGUGAUCGUAAUUUAGAAUCUUCACAAUAUGAGAUGUGUCAAGGAACGCGUUACAGUACAUAUGGUUCUGCACCUGCUCUUGUUAAAACUAUUAUAGAAAAUCCAGAAAUAUUAGCAUAUAGAAGAGCUAAUCCUUAGUCAAUAUAUAGUUCUUUGUAAUUUUAGAAAUAUAUUUUUAUAACUCAUGUAGUGGAUCUAGUGACUCAAGUUCUUUGUCAACAACUCUCUGGGUUGACAUCCCUGGGUUUCCAGAACACUCACUUUUGAUAAGUGAGACCAAGUUCCAGAUAUUCAAUAAAACUGGUAAUCUAAUAA